CGGGCCCCGCGAUGCCUCCGGCCGCGGUGCGGGUGCUGCUGCUGGGGCUGCGGCCCUACCCGCAGGCGCUGCGGGUGCAGGAGCGCUGCGUGGCGGCGGCGCGGGCGGCCGCGGCCGAGAGCCUGGUGCUGAGCGAGCCGGCGGGGCCCGUGUACGCCUGGGGGCUGCGGGGGGCGCCGGGGCCGGCGGCGGCCGCGGGGCUGCGGGCGCGGGGAGCGGCGCUGGUGGCGGCGCGGCGCGGGGGCCACGUCACGUUCCACGGGCCCGGCCAGCUCCUGGCCUUCCCCGUGCUCGACCUGCGCCGCCGCCGCCUCCCGCUCCGCCGCUACGUGGGGGCCCUGGAGGAGCUGGGCCUGAGGCUCUGCCGCCGCCUCGGCCUCGGCGCAGCCCGCGCCCUCCCGCCGCCCUUCACCGGCGUCUGGCUCGGGGACAGCAAGGUCUGCGCCAUCGGUGAGCGCCGCAGAGCGGGGGGGGG